AUGUCUCCCCCCGGUGACUUCAAGCGCGAGAGCGGCACCGCCCGUAUCCUGGGUUCCGGAACCUCGGGUAUCGCCGAGCUUAUCGUCUUCCACCCCGUCGACACCGUCGCUAAGCGUCUGAUGUCCAACCGCGGCCAGGUCUCUGCCAGCACCCUCAACCAGAUCAUCUUCAAGAAUGCCGCCAACGCCCCCGUCGUCACCAAGUUCAUGUCCCUCUUCCCCGGUCUCGGUUACGCUGCCGGUUACAAGGUCGCCCAGCGUGUCUACAAGUUCGGUGGCCAGCCGUACUUCCGUGACCUGAUCGACAAGGGAGCCGGUGACUGGUUCCGUGACACCUUCGGCAAGAAGACUGGUAGCAUGCUCAUGCAGGCUUCCGCUGGUUCGCUUACCGGUAUCGGUGAGGUCGUCCUCCUUCCCCUCGAUGUCCUCAAGAUCAAGAUGCAGACCAACCCCGAGGCCAUCAAGGGCCGUGGUCUCGUCAAGCUGAUCACUGAGGAGGGUCUUGGAUCCCUUUACCGUGGAUGGGGCUGGACCAUGGCCCGUAACGCUCCCGGAUCGUUUGCUCUCUUCGGUGGAUCUGCUGCCACCAAGGAGUGGCUCUUCCACCUGAACGACUACUCUCAGGCUACCUGGACCCAGAACUUCAUCGCGUCCAUCGCUGGUGCCGUUUCGUCGAUCACUGUCGCCGCGCCCCUCGAUGUUGUCAAGACCCGUAUCCAGAACGCCAACUUCGGCCAGAACGUCUCUGGCUUCACCGUCAUCAAGGACAUGGUCCGCUCGGAGGGACCAGGUGCCUUCUUCAAGGGUCUUACCCCCAAGAUCCUCGUUGUUGGCCCCAAGCUCGUGUUCUCGUACACUCUUGCCCAGUCGCUGAUCCCCUUCUUCGGCAAGUACGUCUAA